CCACGCACAAUCCAAAACCGAGCGAAAGUCCCUCGUAUUUUCCUCGUCCUAUUUCUCUUCACAGCAACAUUAUAUAUAAAUAGUACACACCGCUAACACCCACAAGAAAGAAAGAACAACAACAAUUUCUGGGACAGCCUUUGUUUUUUCAUCGUGCUUGUACUCACUACUUUGUGCAAGUCAAUGGAAGACGAGACUUUAAGUUUUGGCCUCUCCACUGCCUCCAGAGGCUACCAGUCGAGGCUCAAGUCACAUUUUGAACUCUUCAUCGAUUUUGAUGAGGUCACUGGGGAUGAUGAGCUGAGGACGGCUUACACGUGCCCUUUUUGCGCCGAGGAUUUUGAUCUUCUUGAACCAUGUUGCCAUAUUGACUUGGACCAUCCAUCAGAUGCCAAGUCUGGGAUUUGUCCCGUUUGUACAAUGUGGGUGGGGACAAAUAUAGUUGAUCAUAUAGCAGCACAACACGGAAACAUGUUUAAGAGUCAGCUCAAAUCAAAAUGCUACAAACAUGAAUCCUACCCAGCUCCUUCCUUUUCAAGAAAGUGUGAACGGGAUGGACACUGGAAAUCUUUUUCUGCUGAGUUAUCUCCUGUGAUGUCUACCUCCAAGGCAGCAAGAGAUCCAUGGCUGUCAUUUUUAUGUGGUGCAUCUGCUGUUGAGGAACGUGAACAUUUGCAGCCAGAUUCUUCAAGUGAAGUAAGCACUGAAGAAAUACACUCGAAUGAUAAGGCUUUAGAAAGAGAUGUUCAACCUACUUUAUCGGACAAAGACCAAAUAGAGAAAGCUCAGCGCAGUAAAUUUGUUCAGGGACUUUUGAUGUCUACUAUCCUUGACCCUGACUUCUGAUUGAGACAAUCAAGGACAUCAGUGGCUAGUUUCAAUUCAAUGAGUAAAAAAAGGAGAGUCGUAGUUUCAAUCUUGAACAUCAUUCUUGGUCAAACGAUCAGUGUUUCUGUUGUAUGCACUGGGAUACACCACCUAGUAUAGAGAACUAAUCCAUAUGUAUGAAUUAAAAGUAAUGUAUAUUCAAGACAAUGCUAUUAUUAGUUAAGAAUAAUUGCGUACGCCCUCAUUCUCUCAGGAUUUUGUGACUCGUCGUAAUAACCGAUUCAGUAGCAUAACUGCUUUACUGUUGCCAAUGGGCUAUAGCCGAGAUUAUGUGAGAAAAAGGUGCUAAUAAUGAUGGGGUGUUCUGUUAGCAUAGCACUCUGACCCGUGGAUGUGUUCAACUGGCCAUCAUAUUAACUCCAAUUAUGUUUGAUGCUAUUUUCAGUAUUUUGAUUUUUUUAGUGUUAUAGAAUGCCUCAAACAUCCUAAUUUUUUUUAGAUUUUAAGUCUUCUUUCCAAUAUUUCAAACACCCAAGGCAUUGUUCGAGAUUUUGGAUUUCUCGAAAUUUCACACCGCUUUUUUUUAGUAUUGAAUAAAAGUUGGUAUAAAUUUUUGAAAUGGA